CAGGGUAUAUUGUUUUUUAUCGCCGGUUACGACACAACCAGCGCCGCCAUAACCCACGCCCUGUACUACUUGUCUAAACACCCGGACUGUCAGCAAAUACUAUACGACGAGUUGCGAACUUGCGAUGAGUUUACGUACGAAAAGUUAUCGCAAUUGAAAUACUUGAACGCAGUUAUCAAUGAAACACUACGUCUCGCGCCCUCUCUUACCCGCAUUAAUCGCGAGUGCCUUCAGGACUAUAAACUCGGAAAUACGGGCAUCACAAUACAAAAGGGAGUUGUAGUUGAAAUAAUACCCUACGCUUUGCACAGACAGGCAGACCUGUGGCCCAACCCUAACGACUUCAUACCCGACCGUUUCCUAAACCCAGUACACCAUCCGUACGCUUACAUACCCUUUGGUGGCGGACCCAGACUU